UUCUGAGUUCUCCCUCGACUCCCGUACUCCACGUCUCCCCCACACGGCCACUCAGAAGAACCACCACAACACCUCGCUGACGCCGCCGCCACCGCCACCGCCGCCGACGACGACGAUGUGGCGUUCGCGAGCUCGUGCUCUCCUCCUCCUGCGCUCUUCCACGCCGAAAUCUCCCCCGCAGCCAAAUCCACUUCGAACCUUGACCCGAGCGCCACCGCCACGCCUUCUCUCCCGUUUCCUCUCCUCCUCCCCUGAGGCCCUCCCAGACGCCUCCUUCGCCUCCGCCUCCUCCUCGGAAACCCUCCCGGACGCCUACCCAUCCUCCUCUUCCGACGCCAUAUCCGCGUCGGCUGAUCCCACCGAGGACGGCGAGGAGAACCUGGCCGCGCUCUGGGAGGAGGAUGCGGACGACGCGGACGACAUCUUCGUCUCCACCGCCUCCUCCGACACCGCCGAUGCCGAAGCCAGCGACGAGGAGGUCGCGCGCGUCCGCGCCGUCGUGGAGUCCACCCCGGAGGACCAGAUCCCCUCCGCCAUCGCCGACAUGGUCGUUGACUUCACCGAGCCGCUCCUAGCCGCCGUACUCCUCUCCGCCGAGAACUGCUCUGGUAAAAAGCUCCUCCUUUUAUUCAAGUCCGCCGGGAAGAACAACCCCGACGUCAAGAGCCUUGCCAAUCUUGAAAUCAUCGCUGGCAAGCUUGCUGAUUCAAAUGAGUUCGACAAGAUGGAUGCGUACUUGCUCUGGGAUAUGGUUAAGGAAAUGGGCAGUGUGCCAGGAUCAGUGAACACUCAGCUCCUGAAUAUAGUGAUGUCAAUGUUCUGGAAGCUUGAGAAGUCCAAGGCGGCGCUAGAGGUGCUUGACAAGUUCAGUGAGUUUGGCUGUACUCCGGAUGGUGACAGCUACUAUCUGGUUAUCCAAGCAGCCGGGAAGAAGGCCAUGGUUGGUGCUGCAUGGGGUGUGUGUGAGAAGAUGGUUGGCUCUGGGUGCUUCCCUGAUGGGAAGAAGACCGGUGAGAUCGUGACCUUCUUUUGCAAGGGGAAGAAGGUCAAGGAGGCACAUUCAGUGUACCUCGCAGCGAAGGAGAAGAAGGUUCAGAUUCCAACAUCAGCCUUGGAUUACCUUGUUGGUGCUUUGGCGAGGAAUGAUGAGACCAUCAGUACGGCUGUGGAGCUGCUGGAGGAAUACAAAGGGAAGUCUCUCAAGCAUGCAGGCAACUCCUUCGCUGCAGUUAUACAUGGUUUGUGUAGGAUGAAAAAUGUGAAGGAUGCAAAGAAAUUGUUGAUGAGGAUGGUGAAUCUCGGCCCAGCUCCUGGCAGUGCAGUGUUCAACUUUGUUAUCACGGGGUUGUCUAAAGAGGGGGAAAUGGAGGAAGCAAAGGGUUUGAUAAGAGUGAUGGAGAGCCGAGGGCUGCGUCCUGAUAUUUACACGUACAGUGUGAUCAUGAGUGGCUACACUAAAGGAGGCAUGAUUGAUGAAGCACAUUCUCUACUCCGCGAAGCCAAGAAGAUCCACCCAAAACUAAGCAGGGUUAUGUAUCACAUACUAAUUCGUGGUUACUGCAAGAUGGAGGAGUUCGAGAAGGCUCUGGAAUGCCUAAAGGAGAUGAAGGAAGAUGGAUUGCUGCCAAAUAUGGAUGAGUAUAACAAGCUUAUUCAGUCAUUAUGUCUCAAAGCUAUGGAUUGGAGAACAGCUGAGAAGCUCCUGGAGGAAAUGGAGGGUAGUGGAUUACGCCUUAAGGGUAUUACACGCAGCCUCGUAGUAGCAGUAAAGGAAUUAGAAAUGGAAGAAGCGUCAAAAGACAGCCAAGAACCAUAGUUUUUUUUUUAGGAUACGCUUGAAGUGACAAAGACACUAAUCAGUUUUGGCUCAUUGCCCCUUUUUGCUCUCUGCAUCUCUGUUGUGGCUCUUUUGUAUUGCUCCAUCAUCAACUACCUGAGGAUUCUCUCUCACAAGGUUGGUGGGAUGCCUGCACUACCUGUGAUUGCUUCUGGGUUAUGUUCAGAAUGGGGGGCAGUGAGGGAAUGUUUGCUUCAUGCCCUGUUUAGCCCGACAAAAUGUUGGCAAGAAUUGGCUUGCCAUUAUUUUUGGCUAAGGAAUCCUCCACCCACACUUGAGCAAUUAUUUGCAAGAAUCCGUGAGAGGGAUAAAGGGAGACUACUUGGCAACAUACCAAAUCAUAGAGCAAAGUGUACUAGGCCACCAAUUUUUUGUCAGGGCUAGCUUGGGCAAUGAACCAAACGUAAACCAAACCUACCCUCAAUCUACAUGUGUCAUCUGCGUCAGAAAUGUAACAUGUUUUGAUUUGAGAGAAGACAUCAGAAAUGUUCCUACUGUUUCUUCAGAAUGGUUUGAACUUCACAACUGUUCUUGGUAGCCUUCUGAUUAGACAAAACAGACUUUUUCAUCUCCUUUCUGUUUUCUUGUUCAAUAAACAUGAGACUUCUUGAUUUUCGUUUUU